GUAGAGGCCACACCUUCAACUGAGUGGAAGAUGUUGAGGCCACGCCUCCACCUGAGUGAAAGAUGUUGAGGCCACACCUCCACCUGAGUGGAAGAUGGAGAGGCCAUGCCUCCACCUGAGUGAAAGAUGUAGAGGCCACGCCUCCACCUGAGUGAAAGAUGUUGAGGUCACACCUCCACCUGAGUGAAAGAUGUUGAGGCCAUGCCUCCACCUGAGUGGAAGAUGGAAAGGCCAUGCCUCCAUCUAAGUAAAAGAUGUAAGGGCCACACCUUCACCUGAGUGAAAGAUGAUGAGGCCAUGCCUCCACCUGAGUGAAAGAUGUUGAGGCCACGCUUUCACCUGAGUGAAAGAUGUUGAGGCCACGCCUUCACCUGAGUGAAAGAUGUUGAGGCCACGCCUUCACCUGAGUGAAAGAUGUUGAGGCCACGCCUUCACCUGAGUGAAAGAUGUUGAGGCCAUGCCUCCACCUGGGUGAAAGAUGUUGGGGCCAUGCCUCCACCUGAGUGAAAGAUGUUGAGGCCAUGCCUCCUCAUGAGUGAAAGAUGGAGAGGCCAUGCCUCCACCUGAGUGAAAGAUGUUGAGGCCAUGCCUCCACCUGAGUGAAAGAUGUUGAGGCCACGCCUUCACCUGAGUGAAAGAUGUUGAGGCCAUGCCUUCACCUGAGUGAAAGAUGUUGAGGCCACAGUUCCACCUGAGUGAAAGAUGUUGAGGCCAUGCCUUCACCUGAGUGAAAGAUGUUGAGGCCAUACCUCUACAUUACAUCUUUAUUUAUGAUUAACACUGGUGAUUUGCACAGAUAGUGAGAGAUGAAGAGUAGCACAUUGGGGUUUUAAGACAGAGCUAAUAAUCAAAAUCAAAAUUGAUGUUUAGCAUUCGCUGUAGAGCCGCUAUCCAGCUCAGAAAAGAUCAUUCUUCUUAAUCUAAUUGAUCAUCUCGUAUUUUUACUUAACUGCUUCUACUGAUAGAGACAGAGUACUUAUACAUGUUUUCUUCAAAUUAAAAUACAUUAUACAUGUUUGAAAAAAGAUGGGGGGUGUUCCCACUGCGAGGGCAUCAGGAGGAGGAGGAGGAGGUGGGGGUGUUAUAAGCUGCUGUCCCAGUCGUGGUGGUACACACACACAGCACAGUCCUUUAGAGUGACUUGAAAGACGGAAGAAACGGUCUCAUCCAGAGGGAGAAGAGAAAGUUACAUUGAUGGCUAUUAACCCGCAGCACCUUCACCUGGCCGAAGUCACCGCGGCACACUUCAUGACCGUGUGGAAACACUUCGACCGCCAUGGAAAUGGCUAUAUUGAAGGAAAAGAGCUGGAGAGUUUUUUCACGGAGUUGGAGGCAGUGCUCCGAGGAACCAGCACAGAUUCUGCAAAUGGCGCUUUAAAAGAGAAGAUGCAAGAGUUCAUGAAGAAAGUGGAGAAAAAUGCAGAUGGGAAGAUCGAGAUGUCAGAGCUGGCUCAGGUUCUGCCUACGGAAGAGAACUUUCUGCUGUGUUUCAGACAGUUUUUGGGAUCCAGCAUUGAAUUCAUGACGGCAUGGAGGAAAUACGACACGGACCGCAGUGGAUUUAUUGAGGCUAAUGAAUUAAAGAGUUUCCUGUGUGACCUCUUGAAAAAAGCGAACAGACACUAUGAUGACAAAAAGCUGAAUGAGUACACACAAACUAUUCUGAAGAUGUUUGACCUGAACGGCGAUGGAAAACUAGGACUGUCCGAGAUGGCCAGGCUGCUUCCAGUGCAAGAAAACUUCCUGCUUAAGUUCCAGAGCUUCAAGCUAUCCUCUGAUGAGUUUGAUGACAUUUUCACUUUCUAUGAUAAGGAUGGAAACGGAUACAUCGAUGAACAGGAGUUGGAUGCGCUGCUGAAGGAUUUAUACCAGAAACAGAAAAUGCAGGAGGCUGAUACAGAUAGCCUGGCCAGUUCAAAGAAGAGCAUCAUGGCCCUGUCUGAUGGAGGAAAGCUAUUCCGUACUGAGCUGGAGAUCGUUCUGUGCAAGGAGCCCACUGUCUGAGCUCUGAACUUUGACCCUGUCAUCCAAUUCCACUCAGUCCAGAUGCAUGUGCUUGUUCCCUUAUUGAGCUCAUCCAAACAAAUGUAUUUCAUGUCACACUGAACUCUGUGACUCAUCUAAUAUCUAUAUAUAUCUAUAUAUCACUUUACAUUUGAACAUUCUGAACUACAGUGAUAUGAUUAGCCACUGUUUAAUUUCUCUGCUCUCACUCCAUUUUGAGAUUUCUAUUUCUCUUUAUCUCCUUCCAUCUCCCUCCCUCCCUCCCUCUCUCUCUCUCUGUAUCUAUCUAUAUCUAUCCAUCUUCGCUGAAAUAAAUAUCCGAGGACAAAAACUGCUCCUCUUC